CCCCCCAUCCCACACACACGCUACCGCAAACACUGCUACUGUUGCUGCUGGUGCUGGUGCUGGGAGCCCAAUUUCCUGGACCUCCCCCCUCCUCCCCGCGGCAUAUCAUCUUCUCCCGGUUGUUGUACCAAUCACCAACCUGUCUCCUGUCCAAGGGCUUUCCAAAUUCUGCACCAUUUCGGUUUGACGUGGUUGUCGAUCACACCUCUUCGUGGUUUUCCGCCUGAUUCCUCGCUGCGGCGCCUCGUCGCAAGGCUCGGCAUCCGCCGCGUCGCUCGUCGAAAACAAGGUUUUGGUUUUCGCUGGUAAUCGUUAGUCUGUAGAAUCCCCGGGUGCCAUAGGUGUUUGCAGGGAUUGGAUUUCGCGUACAGCGAUUUCGCGGUCGUCGGCCCAUCAGAAGCCACGCCUGGAACUGGAGGAGUGUUGUUGCACCGAGGAUCGAUCAGGUGCAGCGACUGAUUGAAAUUGGGAAUGAGUUGCAAGUGUCAGUGAGGAUCGCCAAGUGGCGCUGGUGUUUGGUGCUGUUGCUUCGACCAGGAAGUGGAUCCAAUAGUCCCGGUUCUGGGUGAGGUAUACUUACGAGUGGUAAGGUUCAAGGGAGACAUGUGCACUUGAUGGCGAUGGAUGCCAAGCUGACGUGCACUUUGCAUCCGAAGACUCCUCUCGUGCUCCACAGCUCGCCGCCUUACGCAUCCCGCGACUUCGUGUGCGAUCUGUGUUUCAAAUUCGGAGAAGGGCCGACUUACCAUUGCAAGGCAUGCAAAUAUGAUCUGCACCCAGCGUGCUGCACCUUGCAGCCAACGCUGCGGAGCUGCACUCACCCGCACCCGCUUACGUUGAUGCCCGCGAACUACCACGCAAGCUCCAAAAAGAAGUGUGACGGGUGCAGGAAUUCCCUGGCGGACUGCGAGUGGAGCUACCGGUGCGAGGCUUGCGACUUCGACGUGCAUGCUCGAUGUGCCAAGUUACGGGCGAAGAUCUUCACUUAUCUCCACCCGAUCCCGCUGAAGUUGCUCAUCAAGUCGCCAUAUCCACCUGGGCGCCUCCAGUGCGACCUUUGCGGCGAGCGCAUGCCUACGCAGGGGUGGGUCUACCACUGCACCAACUGCAAGUUUGAUCUGCACCCAUCAUGUGCAAUGCUUCCCCCUGACCCGCUUUGCCCGGUACAUCCGCACCGCCUCUCUAGCUGUGGGUACCGCACUUACCACGGCAAGAGCUACGUUUGCGAUAUGUGUCUCGAGUUCGGGGGGGGGCUAGGCUUCCGAUGCGACAAGUGCAACUUCAACAUCCAUCCCAAGUGCUUGAAAUCUUUGUUCGCACCAGAUUCCUCCUUAGGUGCGGAGGGAGAAGCAGCGCCACUGCACGGCUGUAAUACCGCUCCAAAAUUUAAGCUUACCGCUUACGGAGUGCACAUUAUCCGUAAAGAUGAUGGUGCGAAGAGUAGUUCUGUGUGAGCUGAUCCAAAACAUGGAGUAGAAGAAAAUCAGAAGAAUUUGAGAGCAGACGCAAGUGAAGGAGGCUUCAAAAACACAACGUACCCUGGGGAGCACAUGAUUGCGAAGAGGGCAGAGUCAUCACCCCCUUAAAAGCAUUCCUCAAGGAUAUACCCUCAAGUGGGAGAAGGCAUAUCUCUCUCUUGCAAGGCCUCCAACUGCUUUCGAAUAGUGAGGAGUGUGUGUAUUCCAUGUACAAACGAGUCCCGUAGUAGACCAUCCAUCCCCACAGCACAACAUUCUCAGCGGCGUAGCAGAGCACUUCCUCAGGGACCUUCAAUGCAGGAUUGUGGACCAGGACAAGAAUGAGGACUCAUGCAUUAAGUGUAGGUAGAAAUGAGAGUGAGCUGGGGAAUUUCAGUCACAGCAAGAUUGAGUUGGGGGAUGAACUUCCACCAGCUUGAUUGUGUAAAUGGGCUGUAAAUGACUGUCGGUGCAUGUCCCGCGUGGAUGGAUCCAAUGCAUGGGUUUGUGCUCCAGGGGCCUGCAGUCCUAUUUAUAUCAAGCAAUUGGAUCUCUGCCAUCACCUCUGAACCAGGAUUUAGAUGGAUGUGGUAUUAGUGCUCAGUCAAUGGGUUUGAGGUUAGAUCCUUUCGUCACUGGUUGAAUGGAAGCAUGAUUAAUAAUAUUGUUCAUAAAGGUGAUUUCUUUGUAGUUUUUGGAAAUUAGGGCUAAAAUUCAAGGGUGUACUAUUUUAGGAUUUAGGUUUCUGUUUUAGAGCUAAAAGAAUUAGUUCCAUUUAUGUUAUGAAUUUUGAUUUCAUAACAACAGAGGCAGAAACGAAUUUACAUGUAUAUAUUUAUCAUUUAAAUCUAAAGAUAUUAUAAUAUUGUU